CUUGGCCUCCAUAUUUAUGCUGCUAGAGGAGAAUAUCAUCACCUUCGUGAAGAGUGAACUGAAAAACCUCCAGAGGUCUCUGAGUCCAGAUUACCCAGAAUACUUAAAGAAGAAGAGGGAGGAUGAGGAGGUGUUCGAUGAGGAGGAGGAAGAGCAGAGGAGGAGCACCAGAGAGGCCUUUCUGCAGAUCACACUGCACUUUUUGGGGAGAAUGAAACAGGAGGAGCUGGUUGAGUGUCUGCAAAGAGUGUACCAACGUGAACUCAAAUCGAACCUGAAGAAAAACCCAACACUUCUGAAUCAGAUCUACACAGAGCUGUACAUCACAGAGGGAGGGAGUGGAGAGGUCAACAAUGAACAUGAAAUCAGACAGAUUGAAACAGCAUCCUGGAAACCAUUAAGACCAGAAACACUAAUCAAAUGUGAAGACAUCUUUAAACCUUUACCUGGAAGAGAUCAGCCAAUCAGAACAGUGAUGACAAAGGGAGUGGCUGGUAUUGGGAAAACAGUCUUAACACAGAAGUUCACUCUGGACUGGGCUGAACACAAAGCCAACCAGCAUGUCCACUUUACAUUUCCAUUCACUUUCAGAGAACUGAAUCUGCUGAAAGGGAGAAAGUUCAGCUUGGUGGAACUUUUUCAUCACUUCUUCACUGAGACCAAAGAAGCAGGAAUCAGCAGGUUUGAGCAGUUCCAGGUUGUGUUGAUCUUUGACGGUCUGGAUGAGUGUCGACUUCCUCUGGACUUCAACAACAACCAGAUCCUGACUGAUGUUACAGAGUCCACCUCAGUGGACAUUCUGCUGACAAACCUCAUCAAGGGGAACCUGCUUCCCUCUGCUCACCUCUGGAUAACCACACGACCUGCAGCAGCCAACCAGAUCCCUCAUAAAUGCAUUGGCAUGGUGACAGAGGUGAGAGGCUUCACUGACCCCCAGAAGGACGAAUACUUCAGGAAGAGAUUCAGAGAUGAGGAGCAGGCAAGCAGAAUCAUCUCCCACAUCAAGAUGUCACGGAGCCUCCACAUCAUGUGCCACAUCCCAGUCUUCUGCUGGGUCACUGCUACAGUUCUGGAGGACAUGUUGAAAACCAGACAGAGAGGAGACCUGCCCAGGACCCUCACUGAGAUGUACAUCCACUUCCUGUUGGUUCAAUCCAAAGUACAGAAUGUCAAGUUUCAUGAGAAAGAAGAGACAGAUCCACUCUGGACCAGAGAGACCAGGAAGAUGAUCCAGUCUCUGGGCAAACUGGCUUUUGAGCAGCUUGAGAAAGGCAACCUGAUCUUCUAUGAAGAAGACCUGGCAGAGUGUGGCAUUGAUAUCAGAGCAGCCUCAGUGUACUCUGGAGUGUUCACACAGAUCUUUAAAGAGGAACGUGGGCUGUACCAGAACAGGGUUUACUGCUUUGUGCAUCUGAGCAUUCAGGAGUUUCUAGCUGCUGUUUAUGUCUUUCUGACCUUCACCAACUCUGGAGUCAAUCUGCUGUCAGAACAACAGUCACCCUCCAGGUGGUCUAUACGAUUCAGCAAGAAGUCUAAACUAAAACUCCAUCAGAGCGCUGUGGACAAGGCUCUAGAGAGUCCAAAUGGACAUCUGGAUCUGUUCCUCCGCUUCCUUCUGGGUCUUUCACUUCAGACCAAUCAGACUCUCCUACGAGGCCUGCUGACACAGACAGGAAGUAGCUCACAGACCACUCAGAAAACAGUCCAGUACAUCAAGGAGAAGAUUAGGGAUCAUCCUUCUCCAGAGAGAAGCAUCAACCUGUUCCACUGUCUGAAUGAACUGAAUGACCAUUCUCUAGUGGAGGAGAUCCAACAGUACCUGAGAUCAGGAAGUCUGUCCACAGACAAACUGUCUCCUGCUCAGUGGUCAGCUCUGGUCUUCAUCUUGCUGUCAUCCGAGGAAGAGUUGGACGUGUUUGACCUGAAGAAAUACUCCACUUCAGAGGAAGCUAUUCUUAAGCUGCUGCCAGUGGUCAAAGUCUCCAAUAAAUCUGUGCUGAGUGGCUGUGGUCUGUCAGAGAGAAGCUGUGCAGCUCUGGCUUCAGUUCUCAGGUCCCAGUCCUCUAGUCUGAGAGAGCUGGACCUGAGUAACAACGACCUGCAGGAUUCAGGAGUGAAGCUGCUCUCUGCUGGACUGGAGAGUCCACACUGUAGACUGGAGGCUCUCAGGCUGAGUGUGUGUAAUCUGUCAGAGAGAAGCUGUGCAGCUCUGGCCUCAGCUCUCAGAUCCCAGUCCUCUAGUCUCAGAGAGCUGGACCUGAGUAACAACGACCUGCAGGAUUCAGGAGUGAAGCUGCUCUCUGCUGGACUGGAGAGUCCACACUGCAGACUGGAGGCUUUCAGGUUGUCAGGCUGUCUGCUCACACAGGAAGGCUGUGCUGCUCUGGCCUCAGCUCUGAGCUCCAACCCCUCCCAUCUGAGAGAGCUGGACCUGAGCUACAAUCAUCCAGGAGACUCAGGAGUGAAGCUGCUCUCUGCUGGACUGGAGGAUCCAACCUGGAGACUGGAGGCUCUCAGGGUGGACCAUGGUGGAGAGCAGAGGUUGAAACCAGGUGUGAGGAAGUAUGCCUGUGAAGUCAAAAUGGACACAGACACCACAAACAGAGAACUCGUCCUGUCUGAUGACAACAGAACAGUGACACGGGUGAGAGAGAGGCAGCCGUAUCCUGAUCACCCAGAGAGGUUUGACCACUGGUGGCAGAUCCUGUGUAGAGACGGUCUGACUGGUCGCUGCUACUGGGAGGUCGAGUGGAAAGGAGAGGUUCGCACGGCAGUGGCUUACAGAGGAAUCAGAAGGAGAGGAGGCCGAGAAGACUGUGUACUUGGGUGUAAUGACAACUCCUGGAGUCUGUACUGCUCUGAUCAGAGGUUCACUGCCUGUCACAACAACAGGAGAGCAGACAUCCCUGCGCUGCCCUCCUCUAACAGAGUGGCAGUGUAUCUGGACUGGCCCGCUGGCUCUCUGUCCUUCUACAGCGUCUCCUCUGACUCACUGAUCCACCUCCACACCUUCACCUGCACAUUUACUGAGCCGCUGUACCCGGCGUUUGGGUUUUGGUCUGACUCCUCAGUGUCUCUGUGUCAGACUUGAGGAGGGAGAGUUUCCUCCUGUGUGGAGAAACACUCACACUGCUGAUCAAAGACAGCUGCUGACAUGAUAUCACUCUGUACACCACCUUGUAAUUUUAUUUAUUUUAUUUUACUAUCCAAAUGUAUUUUCUGUUUAAUUAGUA